GAAGGCACUGGCCACCGAGGGGCCCUCCCUCCCCCGGAAGAAGCCACCGGAGACUGGACUUUUUGCUUUCCCUUUUCGGUUUGCUGUGGCCCCAAACAGAGCUUCUGCCUCCCAAACAUGGCACCGGAAUAGGAACGCCUCCCAGAGCGGCCUCUGCAGCCUCCCGCGGCGGCUCCCGGCCCGGGGCUUCCCUGCCCGGUGCUCCACGGGGAGGGGCUCUGUGCGCGAACCUACCGGUGUCCACUGGGGAACCCCGCUCGGCUCCCAGGCGCCCUCCCUGCAGGACACGCACCCCGAUGUCUCUGCCACUCGCUAAAGGAUCCCCAUCCUUCUUGCCCCCAACACUUCUCUCUCUCUUCCUCGGUCUCCAGAGCCCUUGUUUUUAGCGUAUUUCUCCCCCGAGACCCCUGACCCCCCACACCACUGCUCCUCCCUUAAGCCCUCAGGGUCCCUUCGAAGGCCGGGGAGGGCCUGCCUGCCUGUGGAUGCGCGCCUCCUGUUCUCUCCCACCCCCACUCUGUGCCCUGAUGCCCACCCGCAUUUUUUUGUCUGUCCCUUGGGCACCAGAGGUUAACACGUUUAUUGUCUUGGAGUCCAAGUGGCCUUGGCGCCAGCGCUUCCUUUGAAGUGGCUGGGAGCCCUGUGAUCCCUCUUUCUGUGUGUCAUGGUACCUUUGGGUUUAAGGAAUUGUUUCGGAAAUAACAUCUGAAUUUCAUUUUUAAAGGGGGUUUAUGUCUUGCGAGUGAGAUCAUUAUGUUUUCAGCUGUCUUGUAGUAUCCUGCACACAUCUGCACAUCAAGCAUGAGGACGCGUUCGUCGUGAGCGAAUUUCUGGCGCUGAGCCUCCAGGACCUUUCCAGCCAUCCUGGCUCCUUCUCCUCACUCCUGUGGUGCUUCGAGUCAGGCCCUCACAAGGGACUGGGGUCCCAUUUCCGCCCGGUUUCAUAUGAAACAUCUCCCUAAAGGUGGAUGCGCCCUUUACUUCCCUCCGCUUCCCGCAGGCCAGACAGUACACCGUCACACUGUCACACCCGGAAAAUAGGACCAGCACGUUUUUCACUUUGCAGACCAGGAGACUGACUUGGGAGGGUGCAAGGACGUGCCCAGCCCUGGCUGGUGACGGGCCCAGAUUUGUCAUUGGGGCUCUUGCUACAUCUGCGCAAACUGCAUUUCUCCUGAGUGGCAGUCUCAAAGGGCCACAUUUUUAUGCUCUGCGUUUCCUAAAGCACCGGGCACGUGACACAGCGCCGAGCCCCGGAGAGAGGCACCCCCGGCCCAGACAGUCCGACCUUGGCUGGCUGGAAGCCAGCUGCGGAGGCCCCUCUACUCCCUGGUCUCUGGUUGAAGGGAGACGUUGCCACUGUCCCCACAGAGAAGGCCGGCGGUUCCGACAGUAUGGGGAGUGUCUAGGAGCCGGCCACGCUGCUCGGGGCCCGGAAGAUGAGGGACAGCUGAGGCGAGAGGCCGCUGGAACCGGAGGGAGGAACGGUGGCUUGUGGGGCACAGGACCUGCAGAACGGGGCGGAGAGGGGAGCGGGAGGAAGGGGCCGGGGAGGCAGGAAGGCCUUCGGGCCGCCCCCGGGACGAGCCGCCCUCCACAUGGCCGCCAAGCAGGCUGCUGGGAGGGGCGCGGGGGAGAAGCGCAAGCGGGUGGUGCUGACGCUGAGGGAGAAGAUGGACGUGUGCGCGCGCCUGGAGAAAGGCGAGAGCCGCCGGGCGCUGAUGCAGGAGUACAACGUGGGCAUGUCCACGCUCUACGACAUCCGGGCCCACAAGGCCCAGCUGCUGCGCUUCUUUGCCAGCUCCGACUCCAGCAAGGCCCUGGAGCGCCGGCGCACGCUGCACACGCCCAAGCUGGAGCACCUGGACCGCGCGCUGUACGAGUGGUUCCUGGGCCAGCGCGCCAAGGGCGCGCCCGUCUCGGGCCCCAUGCUCAUCGAGAAGGCCAAGGACUUCUACGAGCAGAUGCAGCUUACCGAGCCUUGCGUGUUUUCCGGCGGGUGGCUGUGGCGUUUUAAGGCCAGACACGGCAUUAAGAAGCUGGACGCGUCCAGUGAGAAGCAUGUGGCUGACCACCAAGCAGCCGAGCAGUUCUGCGGGUUUUUCCGGAGCUUGACCUCGGAGCAUGGCCUGACACCAGAGCAGGUUUACAACGCCGGGGAGACUGGCCUCUUCUGGCGGUGCUUGCCGGGUCCCGCCCCUGAGGGGGCCGCGGCGCCUGGCGGCAGGCAGAGCAGAGACAGGCUGACCGUCCUCAUGUGUGCCAAUGCCACGGGCUCCCACAAAAUCAAGCCCUUGGUGAUCGGGAGAUGCAGCGGCCCCCGGGCUGCCAGAGGCACCCCGCACCUGCCAGCGGCCCACCGGGCUCACGGCGACGCGCGGGCGGACCGGGCGGUCUUUUCCGACUGGUUCCAUCACAUCUUCGCUCCGUCGGUGAGAGAGCACUUCCGAGGCCUGGGUCUGCCCGCAGACAGCAAAGCCAUCCUGCUGCUGGACAGUUCCCGGGCCCACGCGCAGGAGUCCGAGCUGGUGUCCGACAACAUCUUCACCAUCUUUCUGCCGGCCAGCGUCACCUCCUUAAUCCAGCCCAUGGACCAGGGCAUCCGACGAGAUUUCAUGAGGAAUUUCGUGAACCCCCCCGUCGCGCUGCAGGGCUGCCACCCACGCUACAGCAUGAACGACGCCAUCUGCAGCGUGGCCUGCGCCUGGGACGCCGUGCCGGGCGACGUCUUCAGCCGGGCCUGGAGGAAGCUGUGGCCCGCGGCCGCGUUGGCCGAAGGCUCGUCCUCCGAGGAGGAGCCCGAGCACCCCAGAAGCAAGCCUCACGACCAUACCUUCGCGCACGUCCUGGAGCUCGGGAGAGAGGCCGUGUCCCGCGCGAGCAGCAGACUCCACGGCAGCGCGGCCACGGAGAGGGCUGGGCCCGGGGGCCGG